UUUAAUAAACCACACAACCCUUUAAAAAAGUACAAACUUCGAAGCCUCCAAGAAUCUUUAACUACCCAGAAUUUAUAAUACACGAAACAGAAAGCAUAAUUGAAAAUUCAACACAACUACCUUUACGUUGACGAAGAGAUAGAGAUAGAUACAAUCAUUUUUUCGAUUCUUUUGAGCUGCGAGAUUAGUUCCGUCGUCGGUUGUAUCGAUUUUUUUUUGAAUCUGAAAUCUGGGGAAAAUCUUGAAUGGAAUUAUUUGAUUGCUUUCUAAUCAAUAUUCUAAGUUUCUAAAUUUGGUUGAUUGGGUGUGAAAUGGCGGCUGGAUUAUUCCAAAGUUUCUUUUUUAGUGGCAUUUGUCUUUUGUUUUAUGUCUAUUUAUUCUUGAUUUCUAAAUUUAAUGCAGGUUCAACAUAAUAAUAACCUCUUGAGUAUUGGGAAAGAAUUCUUUUUGGGGAUUAUUUGAUUGAAAACAAAGAUUAGUCGGUGAAUUUUAAUAGGGUUUAGUUCAUUUUUGUAAAACUUUGUGAGGUUAUUAGUAGGUCAAUGAAAUGAAUGUGGUGGGCAAAGUUGGGAGCCUAAUUUCUCAAGGUGUAUACUCUGUUGCCACCCCGUUUCAUCCCUUUGGUGGUGCUGUUGAUGUGAUUGUGGUUCAGCAGCAAGAUGGGACUUUUCGAAGCACGCCUUGGUAUGUGCGGUUUGGUAAAUUUCAGGGUGUUCUGAAAGGAGCUGAGAAGUUUGUCCGCAUAAGUGUCAAUGGCGUUGAAGCUAAUUUUCAUAUGUAUCUUGAUAAUUCUGGGGAAGCAUAUUUUAUUAAGGAGGUUGAUUCUGGUAAAAGUUGUGAGGCAAAUGGGAACAUUGAAGCUAAUCCUGAUGACAGUAGUUUUCUUGAUGCUAACAUUGGUAAUAGAAUUGAGGUUUGUAGACUUGAACAUAGUGUCUCUGAUUCUAGGGUGACUCUAUUGCGGGAUGAGUGUGAUUCCUCCGCUACAGACAGACUUCAGAGGGCAGAAUCUGAUGGUGACCGGAGGUUUUAUGAAUUUCAAGAGGAGCAAUCCUCUUUGGAGGGUUCCGUUGAGUUAUCUGAUUAUGGGUCUAAUCGGUACGAGAGUUUAGAUACUGAGAAUUCUCGGGAAUCACAGGGUUCAGAUUCAGCAGUUAUCUUGGUGAGUGUUGAUGGUCAUGUACUGACAGCUCCUGUCUCAGCAUCAGAACAGUCUACCGAGAAUUUGCAACUAAGUACACCUCAAUUUCAUUUGGGCCCUGGUGACGAGGCUGAUUUUUGUGAGGGCAAUGGGGAGUUUAGUUCAAGUGAUAAUAUAUGGGCUGAUGAUUAUAUUAGUAAGUUGAAUUCAUCUACAGCUGAUAUGGCUUAUGAUAGUAUUCGCAGCAUGAAUGAUGAUGAUAUUGCUUCUGGCCACCAGCUAGAAGUUUGUGAAGAAGUGGGGGAACACACAUGUCAAACCCGUGAAACUGAGAACAUCACAAUGAAGGAAGGAGAUCCUAACUUACAUAUUGAGUCUACUUAUAAUAAGAAGGAAGAUGUUUUUAAGAGUUGUUUGGAGCUAACAGAAUUUUCCAAACAGGUCGGAAAUGCUGAUACAGAAGAGAGGGAUACAUCAUUGGAGGUUCAGAAUUCUCAGGAUCAAUUUCUUGAAAGUCAUUUAAUUGUUAAUGAAACUGAAGAUGCGACUGUUGCAUGUACAAUUGAUGAUGGGUUAUCUCCCUCAUCUGUUUCUGGUUCUCCUGCCAACAACGGGUCUCUGAAUCUACAGGUUGAAGGAAAUUUGACUGAGAACAUGGCAGUGGAUUCAGGGAGAAUUGAUCAUGCAAGGGAAGCUAUUGAUUCUGUUAUUACCAACCCAGAGUGGAAGGAUGAACAAUUUGGUACAUUAGCAGCAGUCGAAGGAACAGACAAUAGUUCUGAAAGACCUGUGCCCAAAGAUGAAUAUUGUAAAAGCGAGAUUGUGGAACCCCUAAGAACAACUUCUGGUGAAGGAAAUUUCUCAGGCACAACAGGGUUUGAGAUAUCACUCUGUGGGAAUGAACUUCGCGCGGGGAUGGGCUUGGAUGCUGCAGCUGAAGCCUUUGAUUCACAUCGCAUAUCAGAAGAUGAAUUCAGAAGCAAUGCAGCUUCAAUUACUAAGAACGAAAACUUAGUUGUCAGAUUUAGAGAGAGGUACUUGUUGUGGGAAAAAGCUGCUCCUUUUGUUCUUGGGAUGGCUGUAUUUGGCCUAGAAUUACCUGUUGACCCAAAGGAUGCAGUUCCUGUGGAACAGGAGGAUACACAGAAGUCUAAGGAUGAUGAAUCUGGAGUUACCUCCACUCCUUCUGGACGCAGAUGGAGGCUCUGGCCUAUUCCAUUUAGAAGAGUCAAAACACUAGAGCACACUAGCAGUAGCGCAUCAAGUGAGGAGGUAUUUGUUGAUACUGAAUCUGGUUCACUGAGCCUACAAGAAACUUCAACAUCUGAUGGCAACGUUGAGUCUCCUCACAAGCAAUUUAUUAGAACCAAUGUUCCCACAAAUGAGCAGAUAGCAUCUCUGAACUUGAAAGAUGGUCAAAAUAUGAUUACUUUCAGCUUUUCUACCAGGGUUCUGGGAACACAACAGGUUGAUGCUCAUAUUUACUUGUGGAAGUGGAAUGCUCGAAUUGUAAUUUCAGAUGUUGAUGGAACAAUUACCAAGUCUGAUGUUUUAGGCCAGUUUAUGCCUUUGGUUGGAAAGGAUUGGACUCAAUCUGGUGUGGCAAGACUUUUUUCAGCUAUUAAGGAAAAUGGAUAUCAGCUACUAUUUCUGAGUGCACGUGCUAUUGUUCAGGCAUACCUAACCAGAAGCUUUUUACUGAACCUGAAGCAGGAUGGAAAGGCUUUACCCAAUGGACCUGUUGUUAUUUCACCAGAUGGACUAUUUCCGUCAUUGUACCGUGAAGUUAUAAGAAGAGCCCCUCAUGAAUUUAAGAUUGCUUGUCUAGAGGAUAUUAAAAAACUCUUCCCAUCUGACUACAACCCAUUUUAUGCGGGCUUUGGAAAUAGAGAUACUGAUGAACUCAGUUACAGGAAAAUUGGCAUCCCAAAGGGGAAAAUUUUUAUCAUCAACCCUAAGGGUGAAGUGGCCAUUAGUCAUCGCAUAGAUGUUAAGUCAUACACAUCUUUACACACACUCGUCAACGACAUGUUCCCCCCAACCUCAUUGAUUGAGCAGGAAGAUUAUAAUGCAUGGAAUUUUUGGAAAGUUCCAUUGCCAGAUGUUGAGAUUUAGUUGAUUGGUUAUACAAACGAUUCCUUUGUACCAAUGAACGAACGAAGAUGAUGAUCAGUUGCCUGAAAACACGAGCGAAAUGUAGAUAGAAACUGACAUCCUUCCUGUUCGACGCUAUCUGCAACUGGAUUUGAUGCUAGUAUUGGCUCAUUUAUGCGACAUUUUGAUGGUGUUGUGAUUUGUAUACAUUCAGCUGGGUCUUUUAAAGAUAGUUGAUAAAUCUAAAGCUCUCAAUUCAAAAUAAAAAUACCCUCCCAGCUCGUUGAUACAUAAUGUAUGAGUAUCAUAGUAUGCGCCAUUGGAUCUGAAACUUAAAAAAGUUUUCCCAACUGUUGUAACAUGUAACUUAUUUAGCAUAGUUUUUGUUGCUUCUCAAAGCGUAUGGCAUUUGCAAUGUAAAAUGAAAGCAACAAGUUUUCAACUGGUGAUUGG